GUGCCGCCACCCCUGCACAGCCGCAGCGUAGUCCAUCCAGACCUCGACCCGUCCUCCCACAUCGCCCCCUCAGUGAUGUCUUCGGCAUACACCCCCUUGGGCUUGGCCCGUGUCGUAUCCCUCUUCCUCGCCUUCGUCUUCGGCAUCGUCGGACUAGCGCUCAACGCCGAAGCGUUCGUCAGGUCCACCAACCAGAAGUCAGAAAUCAAGCGGGUCGCACCCCAGGGGACCUCCAUCCACCUCGACAACUCCGACGUCGUCUCCGCCGGAGGGGCCGUGCUCGCGUUCAGCACGGUCAUCGCCCUCGUGUCGCUCGCAUCGCUCGUCCUCCACCUGCUGUCCCCCACCCGGUCCCUCUCGACGCGCACGCUGCCCCUCCAGGGCGCGCUGCUCGCGAUAGGCACGCUCGGGCUGUUUGGGAGCCUCGUCGCGAUGACCGACAUCGUCGCCAACCGCCAGGUCAAGGUCUCCGCGACCAUCGGCGGCACGCCUGUCCCGGCCUCCCUCGUCCAGAGCGUCGAGCAGUCGCUCGGCGUCACGCCUGUAUACCAUAAAAUCUUCUACCUGAAACGCGCAGUCAUCCUGCCGUGGUUCGCCUUCCUCUUCGGCGCAAUCUCGACCGCGCUCUCCUUCGCUAGCCCGAGAGGCGCGCUUGCUCCCGCAAAUGACAAGGGGUCAUAUACCACCGACCCAAAUGGAGAGAAGCAGGGGCAGGUCUGAUUGUACGGAAUAGGUCUGCGCUCGCUCUCGAUGGCACGAGCUCUGACUCUAUGCAGUCAGUAGUGUUCAGCACGGUAUACCUCACGACUUCACAUACUAGUACAUACCCAUUCGUUCACCAAUGACCCACCG